UAAUAAUAAGUCGACAUAAUUUCAAAAUCCCCCAAAAUUCGUCUUCUCUCUCACCCGCUCCAUUUCACUGUUAAAUUGGGUGUCAACUCCAUUUCACCACUUUCCCGUGAACCUCCGAUGUGAACUCAUCAUCUUCAAUUCCUUACUCUGGAAUGUUCCUCUAAACCUUCCUCAAUUUAUUUUCUCUCUCCUCUCUCAUCAAUGGCGACGGCAGCUUUUAGGUCAACCACUGGGAGAACUUCUGUUGGAGACUCCAACUCCAGUAGUCGGAACUCAUCUUCGCACCACCGUCGUUCUAGAAGUGUCAGCCGUUUUUCUCACCGGAUUCCGUCUGAACUUUCGCCGGGGGAGCCGCCGUCGGCUAGUAGAAAGGGUAAAUUUGUGAAUACUGUCAGAGGUUCUGGUGUUCCGGAAAUUAGCUUGGAUGAUCUGGCGAUUGAGAUGUUUUCGUCUAGUGAUAUAGGUGAAAGAGGACGAUUGACAUCUCCUGAGGUUUCUUCUGCGAAUAAUGAUACUACGGCGUCGAAUUAUCGGAGAGGGAGGUCGGUAUCUAGGCGUGGGUCAAGGGUUGGUGAGUUGAGGAGUAGUAAUAAUGUUGGUAGGGAUCAAAAUGGAGUUUCUGAUGGUACCUCUAGGAGGAGAAGGUCGCUCUCCGUCGUUCGUAAUCAAGUUGGUGAUUCUCAGAUUGAACACAGUUGGAAAAGCAGAAAUUACUCGACCUCCAAAGAUGUUAGCAGUUGGAGCAAACAAAAACCUCAAGUGCAGCCAACAUCUUCAAAUCAGCAAAGAGGGUUACGGAGGUGCUCUAGCCAGAAAGAUUUCUUGAGGUCAUAUGAUGGUUACUCUAGCUAUUCCUCCACGCUUACUGAUGAUGAAGGUAAUGAUACUUGCUACGUUGCUGACCGGAAAACGAAGGGAAUGGAAGCUGCCUUUGGACAGAAUAAGGUGAAGGCUGAGAACCAACUAUCAGAAUUGGCUAAUGCAGCAGACGCUGAUGUUCUUAAGGCUGUUUCCGAUAUCAGAAGGAAUUACAAGACAAAAUUAGAAGAGUCUGACAAGCGUAAACAAGAACUUCUCGCUGAAAUAAUGUUGGAGGAGGAGCGUGGUAAGGAGCUCAAAAAAAUUGUUGGAGAACUGCUGCCUAAUCCAAAAAGUUCUCCUGUAAAAAGAACCGGAAGAGGAAGAAAGAGAAGUAAUGACAGAUUCAAAUCGUCGAAGCAAUUGGUUGAAGAUGCUGAUAGAAUUAUUGAAGACUUCAUCAGUAGUGUUGAAGAGACAGAUAUGUCUUCAUUCGAUGGUGAAAGGAGUGAUACCAGUUCUGUCUUUGGAGGAACAGCAAAGCCAGCAUUGCAAUAUGGAGAAUCAGAAUUUUUUAAGAGUCCACUGAGAUCUGAUUUGCUUUCUGGUGAAAUGGAUGGAGUUGUUCUUCCUUGGUUGAAGUGGGAAACUGGCAAUGAUGGCACUCCUCUUUCGGGCAAUGACAAUAAGAAACAACCUACAACUCCGAGAACUGUUCUUCAGGAUACACGAGAGCAGAGGAGUGCUGGAAUGGAGCCGGAGCAAAGUUUCAAUUCCAAAAGUAGUCGAGGAAGUUGGAGCCCUGAAGUUGUCGAUAGCUUUUCUCUUGACGCAGGACAAACAAGCAUUGCCAGUGACAUUGAAAGCUGCAAAAUUCAACUUUUAUCUCAAGUACCCAGAAAAUCACGGGUUGAUACAGACAACUAUCUGAAGCUUCCAAGCAAUGAGGGUUACCUCUCCGAAAGAUGGAAACAACAAAAAAGAAUCGAAUCAGGUGGUCUCCUUAUUUGUAAUAGUGGAAAAUUAGGAGAAUUUCUAUUUUGAAUAAUUGUAGUUCAUUAUUUUUUUUUCUAUUAGGUUUUCGGUGAUUAGUACAUACACAUAUGUGAGUUCUGUGUUAACAUUUGAGGCUAAGUAAUUAGAAUAUGGUCUCGCAUGUUUCACCCUAACAUGCCGGGGGCGGGGCGGAGAUGUGUUGCUGCAAUUAGCCAAUUACUUCAUUAUGCGCACUCCUUUGGCUUCUGUACAAAGUAUUGUUGCUACUUGCUACUGGCUUGUGUUUAUUAAUUAAUAAGCUCUUCAGCUUUAAGGUA